UGAUGCCAGUGUCUGAGUUGAUUAAUGGCAGUGGCAUAACUGCUGGACAACAACAAGGAGGAACUGGAGGCAUUGGAGCCAUUGGAGGUAGUGGAGGAAGUGGAGCUAGUGGAGGCAAUGUACAACAGCACCAAGAGCAUGAAGAAAUUGACCUACACACCCCCUCUACUCAACCACCUAUAGAUAGGGAUGAUGAGAAUACUCAACCUCAGCCGGAUGAUCACAAUACUCAACAAAGGACUACUCCUACUCAAAAAGGAAAGCAUGUUGCUGUCAAGUGUAGGAAAUAUCCAACUCGUGGUUCUAGCCAAGCAUUGAAGUCUAAAUUCCCACCAACUUCUGCUGCCGAUCCCUUGAAUAUUGACUAG